UUUUGUUUUUUUUUCUUAGUUUUCAAUAGUAUGUUUUUAAAGAUACACUUAUUUCAAGAUCACUGCUUUGACCACAUACCCUGGUUUUGAGUACUUUGAUUCUUCAUGGUGACAAUGAGUCUAAACUGGUCAUUUACCAAUUGUCACAAAGGUUAUGAAAACUUUUCCUGCAAUCAGAUUCUAAGCACGUAACUAUCUCUUGCUUUUUGAUUUGUUUAGUUUUGCCUCCUCUGUCUGAUUUUUAUUUACUUUCAUUUUGAUUUCACUGUGCAAGUACUGUGGCCUACCUAAAACCACAAAACCAAACCUGUUGCUGUCGAGUUGAUUCUGACUCAGAGACCCUAUUGGACAGAGUAGAACUGCCCCAUAGAGUUUCCAAGGAGCGCCUGGUGGAUUUGAACCGCUGACCUUUAGGUUAGCAGCUGUAGCACUUAACCACUAUGCCACCAGGGUUCCUGGCCUACCUAAUCUUCCUUUUUUUUGAGAUUGUUUCACAGUUUUAUUUCUAGUUGAAGACAACACAAUAUUCGGUCUUUGAAAUUGUUAAAUAUAGUGAGAUAUCAUCUUAUUUGAAAUUUGCUGAUAUUUACCUUGUGACUCACUACGUGGUCAUAUUUGAUGAAUGUUCAGUCACUGUAUCCAAGUGCCUGUGAUAAAAGUUCAGUUUGUAUUCACUGAUCUGUAGUUAUUAUGUGCCCUCCAGUCGAUUCUGACUGAUGAUGACACCAUAUGACAGAGUAGAACUGUCCCAUGGGUUGUAAUCUUUAUGGGGGCAGGUCACCUGGUCUUGGGUUCGAACUGUCAGCCUUCAGUUUAACAGCCAAGUGUUUAACCACUGUGCCACCAGGGCUCCUAAUUGUGCCAUUAGGGCUUCUUAUUCACUAAUUUAGAUAUACUAAAUCCUCAAUAUGCUUACUAUGUUUUAUUGCAUUGCAGAUGUGGCAAUUUCGGUGGGAAUUGUUUUUCAUUUUUCUCUUCAAGCUUAAUGAUUAAUCAGUUUUUCUUUGAAUUUGAAUGUUUCCUUUUACUCAUAUUUCCAACAUACAUUUUUAUGUGCAUUCUUAAAUGUGACUGUUUUAUCUUCAUGUUUAAUUUUAUCUGUUGCCAGUUGCCAUCGAGUUGAUUCCAUCUCAUGCCCACCCCAUGUGUUGCAGACUACAACUGUUCCAUAGGGUUUUCUUGGCUGUGAUCUUAAUAGAAAAUGAAGGCACUGUUUGUUCACUGUAGGUUCUCAUUGCGGUGGGGAUGCUGUAAUGGACGGUCUGUUGAUUUCCCCUGUAAUCCACACAAAUGUCCCAGGAGCAACUUCAUUCUUUUUUUUUUAGUUUAUAUGGCCCUUUCUGUCUCAUAAUUACUUUGUGUCUUUGGUGUUCUUCAUUCUGCUUUGCUCCAGGUGGGUUGAGACCAAUUGAUGCAUCUUAGAUGGGCACUUGCUAGCAUUGUUAAGACCCCAGAUGCCACUCUCCAAAGUGGGAUGCAGAAUGUUUUCUUAAUAGGUUUUAUUAUGCCAAUUGACUUAGAUGUCUCCUGAAACCAGGGUACCGAAACCCCCACCCCUGCUACACUGGCCUUCAAAGCUUUCAGUUUAUUCAGGAAACUUCUUUGCCUUUGGUUUAGUACAGUUGUGCUGACCUCGCCUGUAUUGCCUUCCCAUCACCGAAAAUAGUUCUUAUCUACUAUCUAGUGAAAACACCUCUCUCUUCCUCCCUACUCCCUUAACCAUCAAAGAAUAUUUUCUUCUCUGUUUAAAUGAUUUCUCGAGUUCUUUUUUUUUCUUUUCUUAUUGUGCUUUAAGUGGAAGUUUAGAAAUCAAGUCAGUCUCUCAUACAAAAAUUUAUGUACACCUUGCUACAUACUCCUAAUUGCUCUUCCGCUAAUGAGACAGCACACUCCUUCCCUCCACUCUCUCUUUGCCUGUCCAUUCGGACAGCUUCUGACCCCCUCUGCCCUCUCAUCUCCCCUCUAGACAGGAGAUGCCAACAUAGCCUCAUGUGUCUAUUUGAUCCAAAAAGCUCAUUCUUUGCCAGUAUCAUUUGCUAUCCUCUUGUCCAGUCCAGUCCCUGUCUGAAGAGUUGGCUUUGGGAAUGGUUCCUGUCUUUGGCUAACAGAAGGUCUGGGGACCAUGAUUGCCGGGUUGCUUGUAGUCUCAGUCAGACCAUUAAGUCUGGUCUCUUUACAAGAAUUUGGGGCCUGGAUCCCACUGCUUCCUGCUCCCUCAGGGUUCUCCGUUGUAUUCCCUGUCAGGGCAGUCAUCGAUUGUAGCCAGGCACCAUCUACUUCUUCUGGUCUCAGGCUGAUGUAGUCCCUGGUUUAUGUGGCCCUUUUUGUCUCUUGGGCUCAUAGUUACCUUCUGUCUUUGGUGUUCUUCAUUCUCUUUGGCCCCAGGUGGGUUGAGACCAAUUGAUGCAUCUUAGAUGGCCUCUUCCUAGCAUUUUAGACCCCAGGCACCACUCACCAAAGUGGGAUGCAAAAUGUUUUCUUAAUAGAUUUUAUUAUGCCACAUUGCCUUAGAUGUCCCCUGAAACCAUGGCCCCCAAACCCCUAGCCCUGCUAUGCUGGCCUUCGAAGCUUUCAGUUUGUUCAGGAAACUUCUUUGCUUCUGGUUUAGUCCAGUUGUGCUGACCUCCCCUGUACUGUGUGCUGUCUUUCCCUUCACCUAAAAUAGCUCUUAUGUACUGUAUAAUUAGUGAAUACCCCUCUCCCUUUCUCACUCCCUCCCCCCAUCCCGUAACCAUCAAAGAAUAUUUUCUUCUCUGUAAACUGUUUCUCCAGUUCUUACAAUAGUGGUCUUAUACAGUAUUUGUCCUUUUGAAACUGAUUAAUUGAGCUCGGCAUAAUGCCUUCCAGAUUCCUCCAUAUUAUGAAAUGUUUCACAGAUUCAUCACUGUUCUUUAUCGAUGCGUAGUAUUCCAUUGUGUGAACAUACCAUAAUUUAUUUAUCCAUUCAUCCAUUGAUGGGCACCUUGAUUGCUUCCAUCUUUUUGCUACUGUAAACAGUGCUGCAGUGGACAUGGGUGUGCAUAUAUCUGUUCAUGUAAAGGCUCUUAUUUCUCUAGGAUAUGUUCCAAGGAGUGGGAUUGCUGAAUUGUAUGGUAGUUCUAUUUUUAGCUUUUUAAGGAAGCACCAAAUUGAUUUCCAAAGUGGUUGUACCAUUUUGCAUUCCCACCAGCAGUAUAUAAGUGUUCCAGCCUCUCCACAACCUCUCCAACAUUUAUUAUUUUGUGUUUUUUGGAUUAAUGCCAGCCUUAUUGGAGUGAGAUGGAAUCUCAAUGUAGUUUUGAUUUGCAUUUCUCUAAUGGGUAAUGAUAGUGAGCAUUUCAUCGUAUAUCUGUUAACAACCUGAAUGUCUUCUUUAGUGAAGUGCCUGUUCAUAUCCUUUGCCCAUUUUUUAAUUGGGUUAUUUGUCUUUCUGUAGUUGAGUUUUUACAGUACCAUGUAGCUUUUAGAGAUCACACGCUGAUCAGAAAUGUCAUAGCUAAAACGUUUUCCUAGUCCGUAGGUAAUCUUUUUGCUCUUUUGGUGAAGUCUUUGGAUGAGCAUAGGUGUUUGAUUUUUAGGAGCUCCCAGUUAUCUAGUUUCUCUUCUGCAUUGUUAGUAGUCGUUUGUGUACUGUUUAUGUCCUCUAUUAGUGCUCCUAGUGUUGUGUGUAUUUGUUCUUCCAUGAUCUUUAUCGUUUUAGAUUUUAUAUUUAGGUCUUUGAUCCAUUUUGAGUUAGUUUUUGUGCAUGGUGAGAGGUAUGGGUCUUCCUUCAUUUUUUUGCAGAUGGAUAUCUAGUUAUGCCAGCACCAUUUGUUAGACUAUCUUUUCCCCCAUUUAACUGAUUUUGGGCCUUUGUCAAACAUUAGCUGCUCAUAUGUGGGUGGAUUUAUGUCUGGAUUCUCAAUUCUAUUCCAUUGCUCUAUGUAUCUGUUGUAGUACCAGGACCAGGCUGUUUUGACUAUUGUGGUGAUAUAAUAGGUUCUAAAAUCAGGUAGAGUGAGGCCUUCCACUUACUUCUUCUUUUUCAGUAAUGCUUUUUUUCUUUUUUUUUUUACUUAUCCGGGGCCUUUUCCCUUCCAUAUGAAGCUUGCGAUUUGUUUCUCUGUCUCAUUAAAAAAUGUAGUUGAAAUGUGGAUCGAAAUUGCAUUGUAUCUAUAGAUCGCUUUUGGUAGAAUAGACAUUUUUACAAUGUUAAGUCCUUGUAUCCAUGAUCAAGGUAUGUUUUUCCACUUACAUAGGUCUCUUUUGGUUUCUUGCAGUAGUAUCUUGUAGUUUUGUAUGUAAAGGUCUUCUGAGUCUGUGGUAAGAUUUAUUCCUAAGUGUUUUAUCUUCUUGGGGGCUACUUAAAUGGUAUUGAUUUGGUGCUAUCCUCUUCGAUGUUCUUUUUGUUGGCAUAGAGGAAUCCAACUGAUUUAUGUACGUUUAUUUUGUAUCCUGAUGCUCUGCUGAACUCUUCUAUUAGUUUCAGUAGUUUUCUUGAGGAUUCCUUAGGGUUUUCUGUGUAUAAGAUCAUGUCAUCUGCAAAUAGAGAUACUUAUACUUCUUCCUUAUCAAUCUGUCCGCCUUUUAUUUCUUUAUCUAGCCUAAUUGCUCUGGCUAGGACCUCCUGCACAAUUUUGAAUAAGAGCGGUGAUAAAAAGCAUCCUUAACUGGUUCCCGAUCUCAAGGGGGAUGCUUUCAGACUCUCUUCAUUUGGGAUGAUGUUGACUAUUGGCCUUGUAUAAAUGCCCUUUAUUAUGUUGAGGAAUUUUCCUUCUAUUCCUAUUUUAUUGAGAGAUUUUAUCAUGAAUCUGUGUUGAGCUUUGUCAAAUGCCUAUUAUGCAUCUAUUGAUAAGAUCAUGUUCUUGUGUUUUGUUUUUAUUUAUAUGAUGGAUUACAUUAAUUGUUUUUCUAAUGUUGAACCGUCCCUGCAUACCUGGUAUGAAUCCCACUUGGUCAUGGUGAAUUAUUUUUUUAAUAUGUUGCUGAAUACUAUUGGAUAAAAUUUUGUUGAGGAUUUUUGCAUCUAAGUUCAUGAGGGUUAUAGGUCUGUAAUUUUCUUUUUUGUGGUGUCUUUACCUGGUUUUGGUAUCAGGGAUAUGCUGGCUUUAUAGAAUGAGUUUGGGAGCAUUCCAUCCCUUUCUAUGCUCUGAAAUACCUUUAGUAGUAGUGGUGUUAACUCUUCUCUGAAAGUUUGGUAGAGCUCUGCAGUGAAGUAGUCUGGGCUGGGGCUUUUUUUUGUUGGGAGUUUUUUGAUUACCUUUUCAGUCUCUUUUUUUGUUAUGGGUCUAUUUAUUUGUUCUACCUCUGUUUGUGUUAGUUUAGGUAGGUAGUGUCUUUCUAGGAAUUCAUCCAUUUCUUCUAGGUUUUGAAAUUUGUUAGAGUACAGUUCUUCAUAGUAAUCUGAUAUGAUCCUUUUAGUUUCAGCUGGGUCUGUUGUGUAUUGCUCAUCUCAUUUCUUAUUUGAGUUAUGUGUUUCCUUUCCUGUUUUUCUCUUGUCAGUUUGGCCAAUGGUUUAUCAAUUUCGUUAAAUUUUUUCAGAGAACCAGCUUUUGGUCUUGAAUUGUUUUUCUGCUGUGUAAUUCAUUUAAUUCUGCUCUAAUUUAUAUUAUUUGCUUUCUUCUGGUGUCUGAGAGUUUCAUUUGUUGCUCUCUUUGUAUUUAUUUAACUUGUAGGGAUAAUUCUUUGAUUUGGGCCCUUUCUUAUUUUUGUAUGGAUGCAUCUAUUGAUAUAAAUUCACCUCUGAGCACUGCUUUCAGUGUGUCCCAAAGGUUCUGAUAGGAAGUAUUUUCAUUCUCUUUUGAUUCUAAGAAUUUCUUUAUUCCAUCCUUAAUGUGUUCUUUAGCCCAGUUGUUUUUGAGCAGGGUAUUGUUCAGUUUCCAAGAGUUUGAUUUCUUUUCCCUGAUUUUUCUGUUGUUGAUUUCUAGUUUUAUGACCUCAUGGUCAGAGAAGAUGCUUUGUAAUAUUUCAGUACUUUGGAUUCUGCUAAGGCUUGCUUUAUGCCCUCAUAUGUGGUCUAUUCUAGAGAAUGUUCCAUGUGCACUAGAAAAGAAAGUAUACUUGGCUGGUACUGGAUGGAGUGUUCUGUGUAUGUCUAUGAAGUCAAGUUGGUUGAUUGUGGCAUUUAGAUCUUCCAUGUCUUUAUUAAGCUUUUUUUCUGGAUCUCCUGUCCUUCAAUGAAAGUGCUGUGUUGAAGUCUACUAUUAUUGUGGAGCUGUCCAUCUCACUUUUCAGUGCUGUUAGAGUUUGUUUUAUGUACCUUGCAGCCCUGUCAAUGGGUGCAUAAAUAUUUAAUAUGGUUGUAUUCUCCUGGUAUGUUGCCCCUUUAAUCAUUAUAUAGUGUCCUUCCUUAUCGUUUGUGGUGGAUUUGAUUUUAAAGACUAUAUUGUCAGAGAUUGACAUUGCCACUCUGCCCUUUUUUUUAUUGUUGUUUGGUUGAUACAUUUUUUCCCCAUUCUUUGUGUUUUAGUUUGUUUGUGUCUCUAAAUCUAAGGUGUGUCUCUUGUCGGCAGCAUAUAGACAGAUCAUGUUUUUUAAUCCAUUCUGCCACCCUCUGUCUCUUUAUUGGUGCAUUUAGUCCAUUUACGUUCAGUGUUAUUGUGGAUAGGUAUGAGUUUAGUGCUGUCAGUUUGAUGUCUUUUUUUGUGUGUUGUUGGCAGUUUCUGUUUCUCACUUAAUUUUUUGUGCUGAGUAGUUUGUGUAUUGUCUUCUCCUCUUAUUCAUCUUUGUUGAUUUUAUUUCUGUGGAAUCUCUAUUUUUUUUCUUGUAUUUCAUUUGGGUAAUAGGAUUUUAGUCUCCUUUUUUUUGGUUACCUUAAUAUUUACCCCUAUUUUUCUAAGUUUAAACCUAAAUUUUUUUUUCUUUGUAUCACCUUGUCUUCCUCUCCAUAUGAAAGAUGUAUGACUACAUUUCUUAGUUCCUCUUUAUUGUUUUAAUGUGGUCUUCAUUUACAUAAUGACCGCUAUUUACCUGUUUUGAGCAGUUUUUUUAUCUUGAUUUAUUUCUGUGAUUUCCCUGUCUGUGUUGACAUCUGAUUGCUCUGUCCAGUGUUCUAGUCUUGGGUUGUUACCUGAUACUACUGAUUUUCUAACCAAAGAACUCCCUUUAGUAUUUCUUGUAGUUUUAGUUUUGUUUUUACAAAUUCCCUAAACUUCUGUUUAUCUGAAAAUGUCCUAAUUUCACCUUCACAUUUGAGAGACAGUUUUGCUGGAUAUAUGAUUCCUGGAUGGCAGUUGUUUCUUUCAAUGCUUUGUAUAAGUCAUCCCAUUGCCUCUUGCUUGCAUAGUUUCUGCCGACUAGUCCGAGUUUAUUCGUAUUGACUGUCCUUUAUAGGUGACUUUUUGUUUUAUCCCUAGCUGCUGUUAAAAUUAUUAAUAUGUCCUGGUGAUAUUCUUUUAAGAGCUACCUUAUGUGGAGUUCAGUGAGCAUCUUGGAUAGAUCUCAUCUUUCACAAUCAGGGGAGUUUUCUGCCAACAAGUCUUCAACAAUUCUCUCUGUAUUUUCUGGUAUCUUUCCCAGUUCUGGUAUUCUAAUCACUCAUAGGUUGUUUCUCUUGAUAGAGUCCCACAUGAUUCUUAAGGUUUCUUCAUUUUUAAAAAUUCUUUUAUCUGAUUUUUCUUCAAAUGUAUCUUCAAUCUCACCAAGUCCACCUUCCACUUGCUCAAUUCUGCUCCUCUGACUUUCUAUUGAGUUGUCUAGUUUUAUAAUUUUAUUGUAAUCUUCUGAAUUUCUGAAUGCCCCUUUCUAUGGAUUCUUGCAGCUUAUUAAAUUUUUCAUUUUGUUUUUGAAUAACCUUUUAAUUUCUUCAGCUUCUUAUUCUGUGUGUUCCUUGGCGUGUUCUGUGUAUUGCCUUUCUCCUUUGUAAUAUUGUUCCUGAUGUCUUGAAGAGUUCUGUAUAUUAACUUUUUGUAUUGUGCAUCCAGUAAUUCCAGGAAGGCACCUUCAUCCAGAAGAUCCGUUGAUUCUUUGUUUUGAGAGCUUAUUGAAGCGAUCAUGGUCUGCUGCUUUAUGUGAUUUGAUAUUGACUGUUGUCUCCAAGCCAUCUAUAAGUUAUUGUAUUAGUUUAUUUUAUGUUUGCUUACAGUGUCCUAGCUUUUUGCUUUGUUUUGUUUUGAUAUGCCCAAAUAGGUUGCAUGAGUGAGUUAGCUUGAUUAUUUUCACCUUUGAAGUUCUAACGCCUUGUCACCAGAUGGCUAGAGCUGUUAUCAGGUAUAUCAGCCUAGGAGUCCAUACACUUUUCUUGUAUGACUUCAGCUCAGGUGUCCUGGUAGCUGUUCAUAAAGUGUAUGGUACAGGCUCUGUCCUCCAGUCUUAGAGGGGCAGGGGUGAUUGGUGUAGGUACCGGUAUCUGGUUGAAGCAUGGGGUCACGUUCUGAACAAGGCAGGGGCUGAUAACCUUCCCCCUAGUGUCUGUAAGGAAUGUGCAUCCCCAUUCCCUAGAGGAUACAGGUUGGCGGGUUCUGCAGAUGGACCAUGGGCACCCAGUGCUUUUGGUUGUAAGGACUGGGAGGUACCAGUUAUCCUUGGACCCCUGUCAUGGUCGGUUGGGUGAUGUGAGUGGAGCCACCAGUCCUUAGGCCCCUGAUGUGGGUAGGUGAGGACCCUGUUUAAUGGGCAAAGCCGUGUCAAACAUCAAACACCCACCUCUCCACUGCACAGCUGAAACAGUUGUAGUCUGCCCCCAGGGGUCUGUUCUCCUGAAAUAGUGCCACUCAGGUCCAUGCAGCGGGGAAAGGUACCCAAAGUCCACAGAGCAUUUAUGCCUGGACAGGAGCCCCUUCUGUCCUGAGCUCCCCAUAUUAGUGGAGCUGGCAAAUUACCUUUUCCCCCAGUUGGAAAUUUCUUCCUUCUUCAAGGCUGGGAGAAUGGCUCAGGAUGCUGAACACUACCUAUCUGAGGCCUAGGGAAAUCAACAACCGCUGAAGCCAGCUUAGGAACGGGGGGUGCAAUACAAUAUAUUCAAGUAUUUAGCUUUUAUCUGCAGCGCUAUUCUUCUCUGGUUCCAGAGGUGUGAGUAGGCUCUGCCGCUGGCUGUUUCUCCCUGAGGAAACUGCAACUGAACACUACUACCAGCCCUCCAUAGCCACUCCCGGGAAUGGUGCCUGCGGGAUCCCGGCGAUUCGGGUCCGGUAACUGUGCUCCACCUCUGAACCAUCUUCCCCUCCCCCUGCUGCUCAGUCCAUUUUCUGACUUUCCCUUUAAUGUUCAGAACUCCUAGAUUGUCAUGAAUCUAAGUCUUUUACUUGUUUUUCUGAGUCUUUGUUGUAAGAGGGAUCACCGGAAUUGUCUGGUUAUUCUGCCAUCUUGGCACCACCUCAUUCAUUCUUUUUUUUUAAGAAAUUUAAAUUAAGUACUACCGUAGUUAGCCAGGAAACCCCAGUGGUGUAGUGGUUAAGAGCUAUGGCUGCUAACCAAAUGUUGGCUGCUUGAAUCCACCAGGUGCUCCUUGGAAACCCUGUCUGCUCUCUCCUAUAGGGUCACUAGGAGUCGGAAUCAACUCAGCAGCAACGGGUUUGUUUUGUUUUGUUUUGUAGUUAGCCAAAUUCUAUUUAUGGGCUCUGUUCUCCAGAGUGCAAAAUCAGUCCAAGACUUCUGACACCAGCUGCAAAUUAGGGAGUUUACCAAAACUACCCUUGGGUUCCGUAUAGAAAAGCUCUCAGAACUCAAUGGAAGCUAUUAUACUCAUGAUCACAUUUUUACAGAGAAAACAUAGAAUAAACCAAAGAAGUGACACAUAGGUCAGAGUGUAGGAGGGUUGCAAAUGCCAACCUUCCACGUGCUCAGGAUGUGAUCGAUGGCAUUGGUGAUGCCAGUACCCUUGGAUUAUUGCCAGGCCAGGAUGCUUACAUGAGCUUCAGUGUCCAGGUUCUUUUUGGGGUGGGGGAGUCUUCAUCACUUUGGCAUGAUUGUUGAAUUACUGCCCAUGUGGCUGAAACUCCAGCCCUCCACUUGGCUCCCCAUCCCCUAAGUCAGGGUGGUAUCAUGGGACCCAAAGAUCUGUCAUAAGAAACCCAAACUCCAUUUUGUAAAUGCCUCGGCAUUUCUUUUCUUCGAGCCUCUGCUUAAAAUUUACUUACUUCGGAAGAGCAGGCUUGCUCUCCUACCUAAUCAACUCACCUCACACCCACGUGCAAAAUCCCAGAUAACAGUCCAGAGAAAAUUCCUCCCCUUGCUGGCUCCCCCACCUUUCCCCAGCCCAUGUCAUACCUGGGAACCCAGAUGAGGACCUCAUGCCCUCUUUUGCCAAAUUUGCACCCCAACCCCCGCCCCCCCUUCCAGUUCCCUGCCACUUGUUUUAAAUUAGCCAGUAGCCCCUAAGCUCAGGAAAUGAAGUGUACUACCCCCUUGGAUCCUAUUGAAGCCUGAGCCCAGGUCUGUCUGCAUUCUUUUUGAUUCUCCCCUUCUUUGGAACCCAUGUGAACUCAGUGUGUGGCCUUCGAGUGUGCGCCCCGAAGUCAUUUUUUCGUUUUGGGUGCUGAAUGUUAAAGUGCAGGUGUGUAACCAAAGAACCCCCCCCCCCGCACCUAAUUUCCAUACAGGUGAUUUCAUCAGCUGACCCCCUCUGGGCAGCUGUGUGUUUCCUCCUGUAGUGUGCUCCCAUUUGCCUGUUGAUACUGGUCUAAUGUUAACACAAGCCCCAACUCUGAUCACAUGGUGGGUCUUUCUGGCAUAACCAGCUUCCCCUCUGUGUGAUUCCUCCUGCAGUGAGCUUCCAUUUACCUGCUGAUCUUGGUCUAAUGUUAACAGAAGCCCCAACCCUGAUCACAUGGUGGGUCUUUCUGGCAUGACCAGCUUCCCCUCUGUGUGAUUCCUCCUGCAGUGAGCUUCCAUUUACCUGCUGAUCUUGGUCUAAUGUUAACAGAAGCCCCAACCCUGAUCAUAUGGUGGGUCUUUCUGGUAUGAGCAGCUUCCACUCUGUGUGAUUCCUCCUGCAGUGGGCUCCCAUUUACCUGUUGAUAUUGGUUAAAUGUUAACAGAAGCCCCAACUCUGAUCACGUGGUGGGUCUUUCUGGCAUGACCAGCUUUAACUCUGUGUGUUUCCUCCUGCAGUGGGCUUCCAUUUACCUGUGGAUAUUGGUCUAAUGUUAACACAAGCCCCAAAUUUAAUCACGUGUUGGGUCUUUCUGGCGUGACCAGCUUCCACUCUAUCACCUCUUUAGUGUAAACUAUCAGGUGUGGACAGAGGGGCCCACUGUGAGUCACAAAGGCAGUCUGUCACUCUGGAAAUUCCAAGGCUUUAGAGUUUACUUCCCAGUUGCCAGGACAAAAGCCAGAACUCUCUUUGUUGUUGUUAGUUACCAUUGAGUCCAUUCUGACUCAUGGUGACCCAAUGUGUACGAAGUAGAGCUGCUCCAUAGGGUUUUCAAGGUUGUGACCUUUCUGAAGCAGAUUGCUAGGCCUGUCAUCUGAGGCGCAGCUGGGUGGAUUCAAACCACGAAGGUUUUGGCUAGUAGUCCAGCAUUUAACUAUUUGUGCCACCCAGUUGCCGUAGCCCUCUUUUUAGGUGAGAUCAAAUUCCUUACUACAGAAGUAGAAUUUAAAUGUGUCCAUUGUACUAAAUACCGAAAAAUAUCAACAGAAAAUGAUACUGAAGAUCAGCCGUAAAAUCCGUCAUUCAAAGACAGCUGCUCUUAUUUUGAUUAAUUAUACUGUUGGUGUGCAUGCACCAUGUUGUUGUUGUUGUUAGGUGCCAUCCAGGCGGUUCCAACUUGCAGUGACCCUGCGUACAGCACAACAAAGCACUGCUGGGUCCUGCGCCAUCCUCACAGUCAUUUUUGUUCUUGAGCCUAUUGUUGCAGCCACUGUGUCAAUCCAUCUUGUUGAGGGUUUUCCUCUUUUUCGAUGACCCUCUACUCUACCAAGCAUGAUGUUGUUCUCCAGGGACUCGCCCCUCCUGAUAACAUGACCAAAGUAUGUGAGACGACGUCUUACCAUCCUCACUUCUAAUAAGCAUUCUGACUGUACUUCUUCCAAGACAGAUUUGCUCAUUCAUUGGGUGGUACGUGGUAUAUUUAAUAUUUUUCAGCAACUCCAUAAUUCAAAGGCAUCGAUUCUUCUUCUGUCUUUGUUAUUCAUUGUCCAGCUUUCACAUGCAUAUGAGGCACUUGAAAAUACCAUGGCUUGGGUCAGGCACAUUUAGGUUGAAUUCUCUAGUGAAGCAAGACCAGUAAAGUGUAUAAAUAUAUACGUAGAGAGAUUUAUGUCAAGGAAAUGGCUCACAUGGUUGUAGAGGCAGGAAUCUCCCAAAGAUAUGGGUCAGUAUAGAGGCUUCUCCUGAUUCACGUAGCCACAGGGGCUGGCAAACCUAAGACCGGCAGGUCAGAGAGCACGGCUCUUGCUCACAGGCUGUGAAGAUCCACUAAUGCCAAGAUCGGCAGGCAAGACCACAGGUAUGCUGCUACCUCAAGUCCUAAGAACUGGAGGUCAGACAAACAGGAGCCAGCUGCAGGAUCCAGAGUGACCAAAAGCCCACAAGCCUUGCCAGAAUGUGCACUUAUAUGUGAUGCAGGCCACGUGCCCAAGGAAAUUCCUUUUCAACUGAUAGGCCACUCACAGUACAUCCCAUCAUGGAGGUGACUGUAACAUCAUACAACUGCCAGACUCAAACCGCUGAGAAUCAUGUCCCCGCCAAAUUGACACACGACAUUAACCAUCACACCCACCUUAGUUCUUAAAGUGGCAUCUUUGAUUUUUAACACUUUAAAGAGAUCUUUUGCAGCAGAUUUUCCCAAUAUAAUGUGUCCUUUGAUUUCUUGACUGCUGCUUCCAAGGGCAUUGAUUGUGAUCCAAGUAAAAUGAAAUCUUUUUCAAUUUCAGUAUUUUCUCUGUUUAUCAUAAUGUUGCUUAUUGGUCUAGUUGUGAGGAUUUUUGUUUCCUUUAUGUUGAGGUGUAAUCCAUACUGAAGGCUGUGGUCUUUGAUCUUCAUCAGUAAGUGUUUCAGGUCCUCUUUACUUCCAGCAAGCAGGGUUGUGCCAUCUGCAUGUCACAGGUUGUUAAUGAAUCUUCCUCCAAUCCUGAUGUGGUUUUAUUCUUCAUAUAGUCCAGCUUCACAGAUUAUUAGCUCAGCAUACAGAUUGAAUAGGUAUGGUGAAAGGACCCAAUCCAGAGCCACUCUUUUCCUGACAUCAAACCAUGUGGUAUCCCCUUGUUCUAUUCUAAUGACUGCUUCAUAGUCUGAGGACAGGUUCUGAAUGAGCACAAUUAAGUGUUCUGGAAUUUCCAUUCUCUUCAUUGUUACUGAUAGUUUGUUAUGAUCCACACAGUUGGAUGCCUUUGUAUAGCCAAUUAAACACAGGUGAACAUCUUUCUGGUAUUCUCUGCUUCUCAGCAUGCUUUCAGCAUGCACCACAGGUUUCUAUAAAAGACAUUUUAUUAUUUCAUAAAUAAGUUUUACAUGUUUUUCCCAUGGCCUUUUUGGAAAUCCUAGUGGCGUAGUGGUUAAGAGCUACAGCUGCUAACUAAAAGGUCGGUAGUUCACAUCCACCAGGUACUGUAUGUAAACCGUAUGGGGAAGUUCUACCCUGUCCUAUAGGGUCAUUAUGAGUUGGAAUCAAUUCUAUGGCAAUGGGUUUGGGUUUUUUUUCUUUUUAUUUUUUUUUAAAUAUUUUCACAGUAUCAUGUUAAUAAGGAGUCCUGGUGGUGGAAUGGUGAAGCCCACAGCUGCUAACUGGAAGGUUGGUGGUUUAACUCACCUACCUGCUCUGUGGGAGAAAGACCUGGCGAUAUGCUUCUGUAAAGAUUACAUUCUAGGAAACCUAUCGGGUAGUUCUGCUGUGUCACAUGGGGUCACCAUGAGUCAGAAUUGACUGUGCCUAAGGGCAACAACAACAAUAUCAUAUUAAUAAUAGUAAAAAUGGUAACUACUUACAUAUAUCCGGAAUUGACGAAAUAGCAAUUGAGAAGUUUCAGCAAAUGGAUGCAGCACUGAAAGUGCUUACUCGUCUAUGCCAAGAGAUUUGGAAGGCAGCUAUCUGGCCAACUGACUGGAAGUGAUCCAUAUUUAUGCCUAUUCCCAAGAAAGGUGAUCUAACCAAAUGUGGAAAUUACUGAACAAUAUCAUUAAUAUCACACGUAAGUAAAAUUUUGCUGAAGAUCAUUCAAAAGCGGCUGCAGCAGUAUAUCGACAGGGGACUGCCAGAAAUUCAGGCUGGAUUCAGAAGAGGGCAUGGCACCAAGAAUAUCAUUGCUGAUGUCAGAUGGAUCCUGGCUGAAAGCAGAGAAUACUAAAAGGAUGUUUACCUGUGUUUUAUUGACUAUGCAAAGGCAUUCAACAGUGUGGAUCUGUCUUAGUCACCUAGUGCUGCUAUAACAGAAAUACCACGAGUGGAUGGCUUUAACAAAGAGAAAUUUAUUCUCUGACAGUAAAGUAGGCUAAAAGUCCAAAUUCAAGGCUUUGGCUCCAGGGAAAGGCAUUCUCUGUCAGCUCUGGAGGAAGGUCCUUGCCCUCGAUCUUCCCAUGGUCGAGGAGCUUCUCUGGCUCUGGGACCCUGGAUCCAAAGGGCAUGCCCUGCUCCUGGCACUGCUUUCUUGGUGGUAUGAAGUCCCCCGUCUCUCUGCUCACUUCUUUUAUAUCUCAAGAGAUUGCCUCAAAACCCAAUCCAAUCUUAUAGACUGAAUCCUGCCUCACUAACACAACUGCUGUCUGUCCUCCCUCAUUAACAUCAUAGAGGCAGGAUUUACACAAUAUAGGAAAGUCACAGAAUACCCAGAAUCAUGGUCUAGCCAAAUUGAUACACACAUUUUUGGGGACAUAAUUCAGUCCGUGACAGGAUCAUAACAAAUUAUGGAUGACAUUGCAAAGAAUGGGCAUUCCAGAACACUUAAUUGUGCUCAUGAGGAAGCUAUACAUAGAUCAAGAGGCAGUUGUUUAGACAGAACAAGGAGAUACUGUGUGUUUUAAGGUCAGGAAAGGUGUGUGUCAGGGUUGUAUCCUUUCAGCACACCUAUUCGGUCUGUAUGCUGAGCAAAUGAUCUGAGAAGCUGGAUUACGUGAAAAAGAAUGGGGCAUCAGGAUUGGAGGAAGACUCAUUAACAGCCUGCAGUACGCAGAUGACGCAACCUUGCUUGCUGAAAGUGAAGAGGACUUGAAGCACUUACUGAUGAAGAUCAAAGACCAUAGCCUUUGGUAUAAAAAUCCUCACAACUGGACCAAUAAGCCACAUCAUGAUAAAUGGGGAAAAGAUCAAAGUUGUCAAAGAUUUCAUUUUAUUUGGAUCCAUAGUCAACACCCGCGGAAGGGGCAAUCAAGAAAUCAAAAGACGCAUUGCAUUGGGCAGAUUUGCUGCAAAAGAUCUCUUUAAAGUGUUGAAAAGCAAAGAUGUCACCUUGAAGACUCAGGCACGCCUGACCCAAGCCAUGAUAUUUUCAGUCGCAUCAUAUGCAUGUGAAAGCUGAACAAUGAAUAAGGAAGACCGAAGAAGAAUUGAUGCCUUUGAAUCAUGGUGGCGAAGAAUAUUGAAUAUACUAUAGACUGCCAAAAGAAGAAGUACAACCAGAAUGCUCCUUAGAAGCAAGGAUGGCGAGACUGUGUCUUACAUACUUCGGACAUGUUGUCAGGAAGGGAUCAGUCCCUGGAGAAGGACAUCAUGCAUGGUAAAGUUGAGGGUCAGCGAAAAAGAGGAAGACCCUCAAUGAGGUGGAUUGACACAGUGACUGCAGCAGUGGGCUCAAGCAUAACAUUGAUUGUGAGCAUGGCACAGGACCAGGCAGUGUUUGGUUCUCUUGUAACGCAGGGUCACCAUGAGUUGGAACUGACUUUACGGCGCCUAACAACAAUUACGUAUAUGCUUUUGUGUGCACAUAUAUAAUGACCUUUUAACUAAUUCUUUGUUGUUGGUUUUUAACUUGUUUCUAGUUUUCUCAGUUAGGAAACACUCUGUCAGUGUCCUUUCAAUGGUGUAUAUUUUAUUUGACUUUUUUUUUAAAUAAUUUUUAUUGUGCUUCAAGUGAAAGUUUACAAAUCAAGUCAGUAUCUCUCACAAAAACCCAUAUACACCUUGCUACACACUCCCAAUUACUCUCCUCCUAAUGAGACAGCCCGACCUCUACCUCCACUCUCUCUUUUCAUGUCCAUUUCGCCAGCUUCUAACCCCCUCCACCCUCUCAUCUCCCCUCCAGGCAGGAGAUGCCAACAUAGUCUCAAGUGCCCACUUGAUCCAAGAAGCUCACUCCUCACCAGCAUCCCUCUCCAACCCAUUGUCCAGUCCAGUCCACGUCUGAAGAGUUGGCUUCGGGAAUGGUUCCUGUCCUGGGCCAACACAAGGUCUGGGGGCCAUGACCACUGGGGUGCUUCUAGUCUCAGUCAGACCCUUAAGUCUGGUCUUUUUAUGAGAAUUUGGUUUCUGCAUCCCACUGCUCUCCUGCUCCUCAGGGGUUCUCUGUUGUGUUCCCUGUCAAGGCAGUCAUCGAUUGUAGCCGGGUAACAUCUAGUUCUUCUGGUCUCAGGAUGAUGUAGUCUCUGGUUCACGUGGCUCUUUCUGUCUCUUGGGCUCGUAAUCACCUCGUGUCCUUAGUGUUCUUCAUUCUCCUUUGAUCCAGGUGGGUUGAGACCAAUUGAUGCAUCUUAGAUGGCUGCUUGCAAGUGUUUAAGACCCAGACGCCACUCUUGAAAGUGGGAUGCAGAACGUUUUCUUAAUAGAUUUUAUUAUGCCAGUUGACUUAGAUGUCCCCUGAAACCAUGGUCCCCAUACCCCUGCCUCUGCUACGCUGGCCUUUGAAGCCUUCAGUUUAUUCAGGAAACUUCUUUGCUUUUGGUUUAGUCCAGUUGUUUAUUUGACUUUUUGAUUCUUCGGAUUCAAUUAUAGAGCCCAACCACCUGCAUUCUGCCAUUUAUUACGAUGUUUGACCCAAGGCAAAUUAGUCUGUGACACAGUUUUAUUCUCACUCAAGUGAGAACAAAUCCUGUCUGUUGUGAUCACAACCUUUCUUCAGGCCUCUUAUUGACUCUGUCAUCCUUAAUAGAAUGAAUUGUUACUCUGGUUCAUCUUAGAAAUUAUCGUCACUUGGUGGAUAGAACAUAACAUUUAUUGCUUAUUUAAAGACAACCACUUUUUGAGUUUUUUUUUUUAUUUGUAUAUUUCUUUUAUCAUCCACACAAAUGUAAAAUCUACAGUGAAUCUCAUAUCCUCAGUACCCCUUAAACAAUAACUCCUCAUUCACCACCCUCCUGAGUCCCUGGUAGCAACUGAUAAACUUUGGUCUCUAUGCUUUAAUCAUGAAUUAAAAUUAGGGAUAUAUAACUUGCUCAGAAUUACCUUGUACGGACCCAUCUGUACACUUACCUCAAUCAAAGCUGAUGCAUAUACCUCUUGCCUCCCCUCAUUGUGUGAAAAUAAGAACUGCCCCACCACCAUCAACACUGCACUGUGGACCACUGGAGAAAUGUGUUUUUUAUGUUAGCUACCAUUGAUAUAAAAGGAUUUGUCUGUAGAUUUCCCCUAGAAGGAGUGGGGGAAAUGCUUGUAUCCUGCUCAGAGGACUUUGUAAAGGGGCAUAAUGUUGGAGAAUUACAGGAACCUGGUCAACCUGGGUCAUGUAGGAGAAGUAGAAGUCAGGACCUGCCCUUGGAUGUCUUUGCAUUUUCCACUGUGAGUAUCUUGAGGGCCCCUGCCUUUCUUGACUGAGUUUCCGUUCCCUUCUUUAUGUGAAUGAUUGAGGCUUAGUUGAUUCACAGCUGAAGAACUUUAUAAUGUGACAUCUGGGCUUUUACCUCCCCUUUCUUCAAAUAAUCUGCCUUGAUGACAUUCUAGAACUUAAGUGUGCAUAAAACCUGUGGCCAGCAUUUCAGACAUCCAGUGUCUGGUUAGUCGCCUGUGCUUUUGAUUUAGUAGUUCACAGAAGAAUGCUUAGAGGUCUGCACCUUUAAAAUGAUCCCUAAGUGGUAAAAUAUAUCUAAAAGUUUUCUAUUUUCACCAUUUUUAAGUGUACAAUUCAGUGACAUUAAAUACAUUAACAGUGUUGUGUAACCAUCCCCACCAUUUAAUUCCAAAAUUUUUCAUCUUUCCAAAUAGAAACUCAGUACCCCUUAAGCAAUAACUCCAAACUCCCGCUCCCCUGAGUCCCUGGUAAUGGGGCCACUAAUAAACUCUGGUGUCUAUGCUUUUGCCUGUUCUACUUAUUUCAUAUAAGUUAUAGCUAAUAAUACUUGUCUUGUUGUGUCUCAUUGGUUUCACUUAGCAUAAUGUUUUCAAGGUUCAUCCAUGUGGAAGCAUGAACAGAAUUUCUCUUUUAUGAAUGAAUAAUAUUUCAUGUUUUUUUUCUUUUAAAUCCUUUCGUCUGUUGAUGGACACUUGAGUUGUUUCUACCUUUUGGCAGUUGUGAAUAAUGUGACAGUGAACACUGGUAUAUAAGUAUCUUUUUGAAGGCCUGCUUUCAAGUAUUUGGUUGGGUUCAAACUGCCUGCCUAAGAGUGGAAUGUCUGAGGCAUAUGCUAAUUCAAAGUUUACUGCCAAAAUGGUAUCUCACAUAGUCUUGAUUUUGCAUUUCCCUAGUGAAUAGAUGACAUUGAGCAUCUUUUCAUGUACCUGUUGGGUAUUUUGUUAUCUUUUUUGGAGAAAUAUCUAUUUAAGUCCCUUGACCAUUUUUUAAAUUUGGGAGUAAAGCACCAGGCCUUAGUUUGUGUUAGUCUGGAAGUUCUGUUGAAACUCGAUCAGCAUCAUAGCAACAUACAAGUUACCACCGAAUAGACGGGUAGUGGCUGCACAUGAGGUGCACUGGCCUAGAACUGAAGCCAGGUUUCCCACAUGGGUUGUUGUUGUUGUUAGGUGCCACUGAGUCGACUCUGCAUCGUAGCAACCCCAUGUACAGCAGAACAAAACACAGCCCAAUCCUGCGCCAUCCUCACAAUCGUUAUGCUUGAGCCCAUUGUUGCAGCCACUGUGUCAAUUCAUCUCAUUGAGGGUCUUCUUCUUUUUUGCUGACCCUCUGCUGGACCCUGUUGGCACAGUGGUUAAGAGCUCGGCUGUGAUCCAAAAGGUCUGCAGUUCGAAUCCACCAGCCACUCCUUGGAAACCCUAUGGGGCAGUUUUACUCUGUCCUGUAGGGUCACUAUGAGUUGGAAGACUCGAUGGCAAGGAGUUUGAGUUUUUUCUACUUUAUGAAGCAUGAUGUCUGUCCUAGUCAUCUAGUGCUGCUAUAACAGAAAUACCACAAGUGGAUGGCCUUAACAAAGAGAAAUUUAUUCUCUCACAGUCUAGUAGGCUAAAAGUCCAAAUUCAGGGCAUCAUCUGCAGGGGGAGGCUUUCUCUCUCUGUCUGCUUUGGAGGAAGGUCCUUGUCAUCAGUCUUUCCUUGGUCUGGGAGCAUCUCAGCACGGGAACCUCAGGUCCAAAAGAUGCGCUCUGCUCCCCUGGUAGUGCUUUCUUGGUGAUAUGAGGUUCCCACUCUAAGCUAGCUUCCCUUUCCUUUUAUCUCUUGAGAGAUAAAAGGUGGAGCAGGCCCCACCCUCUGGGAAACUCCUUUUACAUUGGAUCAGUGAUGUGACCCCCCACCCUAAUCCUUUUUAACAUAAAAUUAGAAUCACAAAAUGGAGGACAACAACAGAAUACUGGGAAUCAUGGCCUAACCAAGUUAAUACACACAUUUUGGGAGGGACAUAGUUCAAUCCAUGACAUUGUCCUUCUCCAGGGACUAGUCCCUCCUGAUAACAUGUCCAAAGUAUGUGAGAUGAAGCCUCCCCAUCCUUGCUUCUAAGUAACAUUCUGGCUGUACUUCUUCCAAAACAGAUUUGUUUGUUUUUCUGGCAGUCCAUGGUAUAUUCAGUAUCCUUCGCUAACACCAUAAUUCAGAGGCAUCCAUUCUUUUUCAGUCUUCCUUAUUCAUUUUCCAGCUUUCACGUGCAUAUGAGGGGAUUGAGGAUACCAAAGCUUGGGUCAGGUGCACCUUAGUCUUCAAAGAGGACUUUGAGGAGGAGAGAAGUUUACACUGAACAGUCAGUGUCUCCAUUUUCCAUUAUAAUGAGGGUGGCUCUUUGAUGUAGAACUUGCCCAUAACAAAGACAGAGUCACUGGGUCUCAUAUGUCCCCAUGUAAACAAUGCAAAGCCUAAGAAGGAAAAAAAAAUAGGGUUUUUUCCUCAUCCUUCAGUCUUACUCUUUCUCAUUCAGCAGCCAGCUGGCCACGAUGAGAAUGUGGGUGCGUGGUAAUGGAGGUAGAGUAGACAGAAAGGAGCCUAGGUCACUGAUUACUUCACAGAGCACCUGUCAAACAUCCUGCACUGUAACCUCUGGACUUCUUCUUGUACGAGAAGAUAAACUGAUAAGAUUCUUACUUGUUUCAUUUUCCAGGUGUAUUGUCACUCACAGAAACAUUCCUACCUAACCAAUGAGAUUGUUGUUUUGUUUUGAGGGAUUCUGCACAUUGACUGUAAUUGUAUGCCUUAGAAAAACCUCACGGAAGCCUUCCUCUGCUGCUGAUGAGAGAGAGAGAGAGAGAGAGAGGAGCGGACUGCCACAUCUUUCUCUCGCAGAGCAGCUGGUCUCAGGUGUGCCUCAGGGAGAGAUAGUCCGGUGUAGGCAGCGGGGGACCAAGGGUGACCAUCUUUCAGAUCUAUGCAGUCACAAGUAAAGAUUUCAACUGCUCUGACUAGCUGUGUGGACCAGAUAUCAUUCAUCUGCCUCCAGAUGCCUAGUGGCUCUGCUUCUACUGCCAUCCCUCUUCCUGAGGCGGCUUCUUGGGCUCAGAGAGCACAUUCACUUAGACUUUCAGAAGCUGGAGCCAGGAAAUGGACUCAGUGGCUGUUGAGGAUGUGGCUGUAGACUUUACCCAGGAAGAGUGGGCAUUGCUGGAUCUUUCUCAGAGGAAACUCUAUAGAGAUGUGAUGAUGGAAACCUUCAGAAACCUGUCCUCAGUAGUUUCUCAAAACAUAAAUGAUGGAGCAAAGCAAUCCAGUGAAAAUAUGAUAGUACAGUUCAUGAAGAGUGACACCUGGUCCUCUGUGGUUGGAGAAAUCUGCAAACUGCAUGGUGUUGAAGAUCAAGAUAACCAGAAAACACAUGUAAGCGUACUGCCUAUUUUUAACAGAAGGCAUAUGGUAGAAAACCUCUGUGAAAGUAAUGAAGACAAUCAGUGUGGACAGACCUUCAGCUGGAUUCUAAAUCUUUCUGUGCUCAAAAGAACUCCUAUGGAAGCAUAUCCUUCUGAAUUCCUUGAGUGUGGACAAUCCUUGAUGGAUCAUGCAUCGUUUAAGCAUCCUAUCACAUCUCGCUCUGGAUACAAUGCCUCUCAGUAUAAGGAAUGUGGAGAAGCCUGCAGUUGUCCCUCUCACCUCAGCACUCCUGUGAGAAUUCUUACUGGAGAGAAACCCUAUGAAUGUAAGGAAUAUGGGAAAGCUUUUCGUCACUUCUCAGUCCUCAUGGCACAUACGAGGAAUCACAGUGGAGAGAGGCCUUAUGAAUGUAAGGAAUGUGGCAAAGCCUUUCGGCACUUCUCAGCCCUCAAGACACAUAUGAGAACUCACAGUGGAGAGAGACCUUAUAAAUGUAAGGAAUGUGGCAAAGCCUUUAGUUGGCCAUCACACCUCACUGCACAUAUAAGAAUUCACACUGGAGAAAGGCCUUACGAAUGUAAGACAUGUGGCAAAGCAUUUAGUUGGCAAUCAAACCUCACUCUACAUAUAAGAACUCACAGUGGAGAGAGGCCUUAUGAAUGUAAGGAAUGUGGGAAAGCCUUUAGGUGGUCAUCACACCUCACAGCACAUGUAAGAACUCACAGUGGAGAGAGGCCUUAUGAAUGUAAGACAUGUGGCAAAGCCUUUAGUUGUCCAUCAAACCUCACCGCACAUAUAAGAACUCACAGUGGAGAGAGGCCUUAUGAAUGUAAGCAAUGUGGCAAAACCUUUCAUCGUUCCUCAUACCUCACUAAACAUAUGAAAAUUCACAGUGGAGAGAGGUCUUAUGAAUGUAUAGAAUGUGGCAAAGCCUUUUAUCAUUCCUCAGACCUCACUAAACAUAUGAGAAUUCACAGUGGAGAAAGACCUUAUAAAUGUAAGGAAUGUGGGAAAGCCUUUCGUCGUUCCUCACACCUCACUAAACAUGUGAGAAUUCACAGUGGAGAGAGGCCUUAUGAAUGUAAGGCAUGUGGAAAAGCCUUUCAUCGGUCCUCAUACCUCACUAAACAUAUGAUAAUUCACAGUGGAGAGAGGCCUUAAGCAAGAAUUAUUUCAUUCGUAGUGCUGUAAUUUCAAACAGCCAGUUUCUAAAAAAGCCUCUGAUUAGAGAACAAAGGUUCUCAGUGACUGAGAAAGCAACAGAAACUCAAAGGGUCAUUAGAGUUACUUUGUGCCUCUGGAAGAAAGAACAGUUUCAUGGUAACUGUUCAGCUGUCUUUAUUAUCAUUUCUCCAGUUACAUGAACAGCUGAUCGGAUGUUUACUUUCUCAGUCCACACUAAAUUUUACUUUCUUAGAAUCUUUUGGUAUUACAAAUAAGGCUUCAGUGCAUACUCUUGAGGAUAUGUGGUUUCAUGUUUUUUAACGUUUUUAUUGAUAUAAUUGGCAUGCAAUAAAGUGUACUGAUCUUGUGUUUGGAUUAAGGGUUUUUGUUUUGUUUUGUUUUCGUGUAUAAGAUGUUUUCUUCCAAUCAUCCACAGUGUAAAGUUAAGUAUUUUACCAUUUGUAAUUAAUAAGUUUUGCAUAGGGAGAUGCUUUGAGACUGUACAAAUAUUCUGUUUUUGUCUUACUUUUUGUCUAUGAAUUUUAGAUCCUUUGAUAAUUAUUACUUGCAACUAUUAUUACUGUGGUGUUUACCAAAUGGCGAUUUUCUGUUCCUAGCAUUCAUUUUAUAUUCGUUGGAAUAGCUUUCCUUUCUCCCUACUGUAUUUACUUACUAAAUUGUUUCUAUCAGCAUAAAAAAAAAUAGGCUAAUGGAUAUUAGUAUUUUUUUAGUUUCUUGCUCAAAUUGUCACAGAUUUGUUUAUUAGAAGCUGCCUUAAGCAGGUUCCUGUACUUUUUCUUUUUUUUUUUUUUGAAUUAUUUUUUGGCAGUGUCCCAGGUUUAUCUUGGACUUCUGCAUCAGCCCUUUAAUCAGCCUCAUAAAAGUAAAUGUUGCAACCCAAAUAUGUGUGCAUCCGUGCGGUGUAGGAGCAGCCCUUGGUGCCCUGUGAGGCGUAGAGCCUUGAGGUAGGGCCCCCCAAAAAAACCAAACCCACUGCCAUCGAGUCAAUUCUGACUCACAGCGACCCUAUAGGACAGAGUAGAACUGACCCCUAGAGUUUCCAAGGAACACCUGGUGGAUUCGAACUGCCGACCUCUUGGUCAGCAGCCAUAGCAUUUAACCACUACGUCACCAGGGUUAAUUGUCACCAGCCAGGAACAGAGCAGGUUGUGGGGAAGAGAAGAGGCAUUCCAUUUCUGAAUUUCUGGGCCCUUUGACUCUAACCCUCUGGAUGUACUGCCCGCCCAUGCCCCCAACCCCCCAAAAUUAAAUAAUGAGAACCAUUUCAUCAGUGAACACUCAUCUGUAUGUUCUGCUCCAGUGAGCAAGCAGCUUUCCCUCUGCAUCCAUGUGUGUGCAGUCUCAUCACUUCCUCUGGAAACAGGAGGCUCUGUGGUGCUAGCAUGUGUAUGAACAGAGGAGGCCAAGGCAGAGUUUGGGGAAUGGAUGUGCAUGUGUGCACUGGCGCUUAGGAGAGCUGGUGGGCAUUUUACUUCUGCCUCAAAAUGUCAUGAGCCUUUGGCCAACCAUCAUGUGUAAAUCUCCUGACACUUCACCUAAUAGUACCUUCUUGUUGUUAGGUGCUGUUGAGUCUGUUCCAACUCAUAGCAACCCUGUGUACAACAGAAUGAAACACGGUGCCAUCCUCACUAUCAUUGCUAUAUUUGAGCCCAUCGUUGUCAAUCCAUCUCAUCGAUGUUCUUUUUUUCAUUCACCCUCCACUUUACCAAGUAUGAUGUCCUUCGCCAGGGGCUGGUCCUUCCUAAUAACAUAUCCAGUAGGUACCUUUUUAGGUUCUGCUUAUCAUGUUGUGAUAAACCAAAUCUCUUAAAAUCUAUGUUUUUUCUUUUUGCAGGUAGAUUAAGAAGUUUAGGUUUUAAACAUAUGGCUCUAGUGUUUAAUUUCAUUAUCAGGGAUACAGUCCCUAGCACUUGAAGGUGCAUUUAUUUAUGGACAGGUAUUUCAUGGAGCCUAGUCUCUGUGAGGGGAGCCCUGGUGGUGCAGUGGUAAAGUGCUUGGCUGUUAAAUGGAAGGUCGGCGAUUGGAACCCACCAGCCUGCUAAGUGGGAGAAAGAUGUAGCUGUCUGCUUUCAUAAAGAUUUACAGCCUUGGAAACUUUGUGGGGAAGUUCUACCCUGUCUUAUAGGGUCGCUUUGAGUCUGAAUUGACUUGAUUUCAGCGGGUUUGGCUUUUUGGUUUGUCUCUGUGAGUAACCACCUGUUUAUCACUUUUUUGUACUUUAGUGGUCUGCAUGUUGCUAUGAUGCUGAAAGGUAAGCCACCAGUAUUUCAAGUACCCACAGGGUCACCCAGUGGAGGUUUCAGUGGAGCCUCCAGACUAAGAUAGACUAGGAGGAAAGGCCUGGUAAUCUGCUUCUGAAAAUUAGCCAAUAAAAACCCUCUGGAUCAGAAAAUAAUAUCGUCCGACCAGAAUCAAAAAUGCCAAGGAUUGUGAAGGUGGCAUGGGACCGGACAACUUUUCAUUCUGUUAUAUACAGGGUCGCCAUGACUUGGAACCACGUGAGCAGUUAACAGCAAAGUCUCUGAGAGGCACAGGCAGACAGAAGGGGUUGAGAAUUUUCAUAGCAUCAGAUCUGCAGUUCUCAGCAGCUCCAAUAAAUGAUGUUGAUGAUCCUCGUAACCAUUCUUAAGUCCUUCUAUUUCUACAAAGGUGUUUUAUUCAUGGUGGCGUAUAGAGAGAGCACAAAGAGGGGGCUAUUGAAAUAUUUUAAAUUCUUGUUUUUGGAUACCUAAAUGCUGUAAUCCCCAUGCGCCUCUCAGUUUGUUCCACUGUGGGCGCUUCUGUGUUGCUGUGAUGCUAGAAACUAUGCUGCCAGUAUUGAAAUGCCAGCAGGGUCACCCAUGCCGGACAGGUUUCAGCCGAGCUUCCCGAUUAAGACAGACUAGUAAGAAGGACCUGGUGGUGUAUGUCUGAAAAGAAUAAGACGGUGAAAACCUUAUGAACAGCAGCCGGACACUGUAUGAUAUACUGGCUGAAGAUGAGCCCCUCAGAUUGGAAGGCACUCAAGAUAUGACUAGGGAAGAGGUGCCUCCUCCAAGUGGAGUCAACCUUAAUGACGUGGAUGGAAUCAAGCUUUUGGGACCUUUAUCUGCUGAUGUGGCAUGACUCAAAAUGAGAUGAAACAACUGCAAGCAUCCAUUAAUAAUUGGAACCUGGAAUGUACAAAGUCUGAAUCUAGAAAAAUUGGAAAUCAUCAAAAAUGAAAUAGAACCCAUGAACACUGAUAUCCUAGGUAUUAGUCCCUCAUGUGUCUUUCAGUUUGUCCAACAGCUGGGGCUUUCGUGUUGUUUUGAUACCGGAAGCUAGGCCAUCAGAAUUCAAAUACCAGCAGGGUCAUCCAUGGCGAAUAGGUUUCAGCUGAGCUUGCACACUAAGACAAACUACAAAGAAGGACGUGGCAGUCUACUUCUAAAAAGAUUUAGCCAGUGAAAACCUUAUGAAUAGCAGCAGAACAUUGUUUGAUAUAGUGCCGGAAGAUGAGCCCCUCAGGUUGGAAGGCACUCAAAAGACGACUGGGGAAGAGCUGCCUCCUCAAAGUAUAGUUGACCUUAAUGAUGUGGAUGGAGUUAAGCGUUUGGGACCUUCAUUUGCUGAUGUGGCAUGACUCAAAAUGAGAAGAAACAGCUGCAAAUAUCCAUUGAAUAAUCGGAACCUGGAAUGUAGGAAAAUUGGAAGUCGUCAAAAUGAAAUGGAGCUCGUAAACAUUGAUAUCUUAGGGAUUGGGGAGCUGAAAUGGACUGGUAUUGACCAUUAUGAAUUGGACAAUCAUACAGUCUCCUGUGCCAGAAAUGACAAAUUGAAGAACAAUGAUGUUGCAUUCAUCGUCAAAAAGAACAUUUCAAGGUCUAUCGUAAAGUACAAUGCCGUCAGUGAUAGGAUAAUAUCCAUACGCUUACAAGGAAGACCAGUUAAUACAAAUAUUAUUCAAAUUUACACACCAACCACUAAGGCCAAAGAUAAGGAAAUUGAAGAUUUUUACCAGCUUUUGCAGUCUGAAAUUGAUUGAAUGUGUAAUCAGGAUGCAUUGGUAAUCACUGGAAAUUGGAACGUGAAAGUUGGAAAUGAAGAAGGAUCGGUAGUUCGAAAAUAGGGCUUUGGUGGUAGAAAUGAUGCCAGAGAUCACAUGGUAGAAUUUUGCAAGACCGAUGACUUCUUCAUUACAAAUACCUUUUUCACCAACAUAAAUGGCUACUAUACACGUGAACCUCACGAGAUGGAAUACACAGGAAUCAAAUCGACUGCAUCUGUGGAAAGAGAUAAUGCAAAUCUCAAUAUCAUCAGUCAGAACAAAACAAGAGGCUGACUGUGAAACAGACCAUCAAUUGCUCAUAUGCAAGUUCAGAUUGAAACUGGAGAAAAUUAGUACGAAUCCAUGAGAGCCAAAGUACAACCUUGAGUAUAUACCACCUGAAUUUAGAUACCAUCUGAAGAAUAGAUUUGAUGCAUUGAACACUAAUGACUGAAGACCAGAUGAGUUGUGGAAUGACAUCAAGGACAUCAUACAUGAAAAAAGCAAGAGGCCAUUAAAAAGAUAGGAAAGAAAUAUAAGACCAAAACGGAUACUAGAAGGGACUCUGAAACUUGCUCUUGGACGUCCAGUAGCUAAAGUGAAAGGAAGAAAUGAUGAAGUAAAAGAGUUGUAUGGGAGAUUUCAAAAGGAAGCUCAAGAAAACAAAGACUUGGAGAUUGAAAACCAAAAGGGAAGAACACACUCUGCAUUUCUCAAGCUGAAAGAACUGAAGAAAAAAUUCAAGCCUUGAAUUGCGUUAUUGAAGGAUUCUAUACGGAAAAUAUUAAACAACUCAGGAAGCAUCAAAAGAAGAUGGAAGGAAUACGCAGUCACUGUAUCAAAAAGAACUGGUCUAUGUUCAUUCAUUUCAGGAGGUACCAUCUGAGCAGGAACCAGUGGUACUGGAGGAAGAAGUCCAAGCUGCACUGGAGGCAUUUUCGAAAAAUAAGGCUCCGGGAUUUGACGGAAUACCAGUUGAGGUGUUUCAAGAAACAGAUGCAGUGCUGAAAGAGCUCACUCAUCUGUGCCAAGAAAUUUGGAAGACAGCUACCUGGCCAUUCAACUGGAAGAGAUCCGUAUUUAUGCCUCUUCCCAAGAAAGGUGAUCCAACCGAAUGCAGCAAUUAUAGAAUGCUAUCAUUAUUAUUUUUUUUUAUCAUUAAUAUCAAAUGCAAGCACAGUUUUACUGAAGGUCAUUCAAAAGUGCCUGCAGCAGUACAUCUACCAGGAACUGCCAGAAAUUCAAGCCAGAUUUAGAAGAGGGUAUGGAACCAGGGGUAUCAUUGCUGGUGUAAAAUGGAUGCUGGUUCAAAGCAGAGACUACCAGAAAGAUGUUUACCUGUGUUUUAUUUACUGUGCAAAUGCAUUGAACUGUGUGGAUCAUGACAAAUUAUGGAUAACAUUGCGUGGAAUGGGAAUUCCCGAACACUUAAUUGUGCACAUGAGGAAUCUGUACAUGGAUCAAGAGGCAAUCAUAUGAACAGAAGAAGGGGAUACUGCAUGGUUUAAAGUCAAGAAAGGUGUGCAUCAGGAUUGUAUCCUUUCACCAUACCUAUUCAAUCUGUGUGCUGAGCAAAUAAUCUGAGAAGGUGGACUACUUGAAGAAGAAUGGGGCAUCAAGAUUGGAGGAAGAUUCAUUAACAAUCUGUGUUAUGCAAAUGACACAAUCUUGCUUGCUGAAAGUGAAGAGGACUUGAAGCACUUACUAAUGAAGAUCAAAGACGACAGCCUCAGUAAAGAUUACACCUCAACAUAAAGCAAACAGAAAACUGCACAACUGGACCAAUAAGCAACUUCAUGGUAAACAGAGACAAGAUUGAAGUUGUCAAGGAUUUCAUUUUAUUUGGAUCCACAAUCAACAGCCGUGGAAGCAUCAGUCCAGAAAUCAAAAGAGGCGGGGCCAAGGUGGCAGAGUAGUCUGAUGCUUUCUAUGAUCCCUCUUCCAACAAAGACCCGAAAAAAAGCAAGUGAGUCAAUUGUAUAUAUGACAAACUAGGAAUCCUGAGCAUCAAAGGCAAAGGUAAGAAAUUGGACUGAGUGACAGGGGAGGGACAGAUGAUGCAGAAGCAGCAAGGAGUUGCAAAGCCUGUGGCAACGCCUCAGCCCUAAUUCCUUGGCACUGCUGCGGUGGGGCUGAUGGUAGUUUUUGGGGACACGGCUGCUUCAGCAAAAGAAGGCAAGCAAAGUGGAGCACCCCUGACCCUAUGGUGU